AUGGCGGCAGCUUUCGCAAGGACUCUUACUGAGUCUCAAAUCGAAGAGGAAAUUAGAAUCGGGAAUAAGUGGAGGGAAGUCGUUAUAGACAGACCAGUCUCUGACGAUAUCAAGACACUGGUUAAAGAUGAUCUUCUGGAGAAGUGGCACCACUACAGGGACUCGAAAUAUCGCGACAACAUACGACCCGCUUGGCAUUAUGAAGAGUAUCGGACGACAUUGACAGUUCCAGAGGGUACCAUUGAAACGGAGGAUUUACAUGCCCUCUGCAAUAAACCCACUGCUUUUUACUGGUUGCUGUCAGCGCAGCAUCUCAGUUUUCACGGUACAAGCUGGGUCACACACUCAAUCAUCUUCCAGGCUCUACUUGACGAGUGGCUCCGGUGCUAUGACUGCAAGCCAAAUAUUGAGUAUGGCCAUUGUUUUGCAGCUCCAAUCAAGGUCUCUGAGACUGGUCCGUCUACCCUGCGUGGAGUCAUUGACGCCCAUGCCGAAGUCUGCAGACACAUCGACAAUGAAUUGCGAAAGGCCAAAGAUGAUGCCCAAACCCCGAAUUCGCAAGGGACAAAACCAGACAUAGCAAAAAACUACUUCCUGCUUCCCCUCUUCCGUGCCAUCGUCAUGGUGAUCGACAACCUUGAUGGCUGGUACAACAAUGGCAGAGAUAAGUCAGACGACUGCCCCAGUGUCCGCAGGGUCAGCAGGUACCAGAACGUGCUACUCCUACUCACAGGAGUCGAGACAGGAUUGAGUGCACCCAUAUCCUUCCAAAGUCUCAUACCUCAAUCCCUCUUUCUCGACCGAUCCGAUAUCAAAGAAAAUGACGCCGGCGUAAUCAGAGUCCCCUUAUGCACAGCUAUCCAAUUCAUCGUCGCCCUCGAAAAGAGGGAGCACCUUGCUGCGGGCGCCAAUUCGAGAUAUUAUCCCCCAUUUGAACCCGAGCUGUGUCCGUCGCGCCCGGUUGUCAAUGCUGAAGUAUGGGCUGAUUCCCAUUUGUUUGCGGCGGAGAAACAUGGCUGGAAUGUUGCGUACACUGAUUCAUGGGAGGCGAUUCGGCGUGUCAAAGCUGGGUUGGAGGGAGAGCUAUUCUAUGUGCUUGAGCCUUGGGUCCCGCCGGGGGCUUAUAAUUGGAAGACGGAGUAA